AUGUUGCUAAGGUGCCGUCUACGAUAGUACGAUUACAUACUAUUCUUGUCUAUGCAUUGAAAAUUCGUACUAAUUCGUUUAUUUUCGUACGACAUAUUUUACAGUGUACAAAGUUAAAAUUAAGGAUUAACAAGGUUUUACGUCAUAAACCAUAGAUCUCGAAAUCGGUUACUCAUUGUAUAUGUCAUAUUUUGAUUAUUUAUUUACUCAUAAAUUUAUAAUUAUUUACCUUAUCAAGUAUUAUCACAACUCACAAGGUAACGUACUAACGUGCCUCAUAGAUUAAAAGUAAAAAAAAUAUGUUAUUCUUACUAUGCACUCGAAUCUCAUAUUAUUCACAGUCAUUUGCAUUAUUUAUACAAUUUGUUGUCUUUUAAGAUAGUUAAACAUUUCAUAAAAAAUUGAAUUUGAUUACAAAAUAUAAAUCAAACAUGAGUCACAAUCAAACUGGUAUAGACAAUUUUAAAGAAAAACCAGAAAAAAGGAUUCAACAAUUGUUGAUGUUAAGUUCAAAAAUUGAGUUGAACACAAGUAUAGCAGCUAGAAAAUAUUACCGAUCUGGGCGAGAGAUGAUCAGUAUGGCUGAUGUGUAUAUUAAAGAAAACAAUUUGGAACAAGCGUAUAUUCUUUACAUGAGAUUUAUGACAUUAUUUUUGGAAACUAUUAAUGAACAUCCAGAUUACAAAAAUGUACCAAUUGAAGAGCGUAAUUUAAAUUAUCGGGCACUUCGUGAUGUCCUUCCGAAAACAGAAAAUAUAAAAGCUAAAUUAUUAGAACAAUAUAGUACAGAAUAUGAGUUGUAUCAAGAACAAAAAGCAUUAGAAGAAUUUAAAGAAAAACGUGAACAAAAAGUAUUAAAUAUAGAAAAGAAUAAUACACCAUCUAGUAAAAAUGUCACUCAAGAACAUUUAAACUCAAUUUUAGAUAAUGCCACCGUACCUAAAUUAAAUAAUCCUACAUCAUUUGAAUUUAGACAACCAGAUCACAAUUUAAUCAAUUUUACUGAAUUGAAUGAUAAUACUUUACCUUCAAAUAUGCCUACAUAUUCAAAUUCAAAAAUACAAUUCAAUCAACAUAAGCCUAUUGUUGAUAGAAGUACCAAACCAAUGUUGAAUAAGAACACUUCGAAUCCAUAUAAUCUUCGCCAAAUAAUAGUCCCAGGCAAUUUAACUAGAAGAUUCCUAGAACAAGCACAACGUAAUACAUCUAAUAACUUGGAGACUUGUGGUAUAUUAGCAGGAAAAUUGAGUUCUAACUGUUUAAUCGUGACUCAUUUGAUGAUUCCAAAACAAAGUGGUACAUCAGAUUCAUGUACUACGAUGAAUGAAGAAGAUAUUUUUGAAUUUCAAGAUAAGCAAGAUCUCAUCACCUUAGGAUGGAUACAUACUCAUCCAUCACAAACCUCAUUUAUGUCAAGUGUAGACUUGCAUACGCAUUAUUCAUAUCAAUUAAUGAUGCCAGAAGCUAUUGCAGUUGUUUGUGCGCCUAAAUAUAAUGAAUCAAAUUUCUUCUUUUUGACGCCUCAUCAUGGCUUACAAGUUAUAGCUGAUUGCAAAUUUUUCAGUGGUUUCCACACACAUAACACAGAGGGUGAUAUUUAUGCUAUUGCUGAACAUUAUGUAUUGGAUGACAACCUGCUGGUCAAUGUGGUUGAUUUUAGAUAGUAAAUAUAUUACAGUAUUUUAAACAUUUGUUUAAAUAUUAACUAAGUGAAAAAUGAAAAUAGUUAUCUAUUGUAUGUUCUGGCGUAAUCUAAAUUACUCAACAAAUUUCCCAAGAUUCUCAAAAAAAUAAUAAUAGUCAAAAAGUUUUAUUGUGAAUUAAAAUAAAAAUGAGUUGUUUCUCCUAAUUUUUUUUGUGACUUCAGAUUCAUCUUUGUAUCCACUUUUGACUUUUCACUAAUUUCUCUUGUUUUUUUUUAUUUCUGCUUAAAUUCUAUAUAUUCAACAUUUUUUACUGUUUUCUAUUUUUCUGAUUACUAAAAAUCCAACGCUAAUUAUAGUUUUUAAACCAUUUCAACAUUUUUUAACAUCAACACAAAUCAAAAAAGUCAAUCAAGUUUUUACUGAGGUUUUUACUAAGUUUCUGCCUAGAAAAAAUGUAUUAGCUGAAUCAGAUUUAAAUUUGUGACUUAUACUAAAAUCUUUUUCCUUAUACAUAUUGUGAAUAAAAUACUCAUUCUAAAGUACUGGUAUCUAAUAUGUGCUGUUAUUGAUAAAAAAAUUCAUACAAAUUCUUAAUGCUCAACAAUGCAUAUACCUAAUAUACGUCAUAGUGGUCAUACCUUUAUAAGUUAAUUACUAGUGUAUCAUAGGCGUGACUAGAGUUCAUCUGCAGCGGCAGCCCUGCUAAUAACCGGCACUACCUUAAUAAUGAACCAAAAAAAAAACCCUAAACACCCAAAGCCAUAGUUUUAAAUUAAAUAUUUUAUUCAGCAUUAUUUAUCUUACAUUUCCAACAUUUAGUCCAUUUUAAGAUAUCUUUGAGUUCUGUCAUCAAAACAUAUAGUAGGUAGUAGGUACCUGGUACCUACUAAAACCAAUUCAGAUUUUUUAUACCUAGUAAUUAUUAAAACUUGGUAUAUUUUGUUGAUUCUAAGAAAUUUAUCUUAUUCAUCAAUUUGAAAUAAAUAUUUGGUAAUGAUUUGUUUUGAUUUUUACUUAUUAAUUAUUAUACUAACUGUUGAUUAAUAAAUUAUUUUCUAUAUUUAUGUA